AUGUCAAUUGCAUCUUACCUCUCUUCACUCCAAGCUUCCGAGUGGCUCUCGGUAGUCACGCAUCAGAUGGGCAGUGAUCUUGCAGCUUGGGCUCACAAGCUCCAAGGUAAACAUGGUGAUAUGUUCGAAACUUAUUAUGGCAGUCAACGAACGAUUUGGUUAGGCCGUGCCGACCUCGCAGCACCGGUUUUGGCAAGCUCUACAAAAAAUAAUUAUUUUAAUCGUGGUGUAUCAAGUCCCGGGAUGAGAGAAAUUGGUCUUGAAACCGUUGGAAUUGCUGCAAAUCGUGAUUAUGAAUCUUGGAAAUUUAAUAGAAGAUUCUUUAGUACUGUUGUAAUGUCACCAAAAUUUUUGAAAAAAUCUAUAUCUUCCACUGAAAAAUUGUUUAUGCAAGCCGAAUUAUAUCUUAAUACUCUUGGUGGUGAAAUUCCAGUUGAUAUGUCAAAGUUUUGGUUUAGGUUUUUCGUGGAUAGUAUGCAUCUUUCAGCUACUGGAAAGUCAGCUCAUGCUAUGGCUGGAUAUUAUAAUACAUUAGUUCCGAAGAACAAACAAACUGAUCAUCCUAAAGAACUUCUUGAUGCUACCGAAGAGAUCAUAUUUUCUAUUAAAAAUGAAUUUUUCGCCGCCUCAUUUAUGUUCUUCUUUCCACCUUUUAUUCGUCAUUAUAUUUUAAGACGGUAUAACACUAAAUAUGUUAAUCAAGUUAAGCGAUUCAAUGAGAUACUGUUGUCGAUUAUUAGAAAAAGAAAAGCCGAAAUUGAUGCAACGCCUAUUGAAGAGCCCUUGAAUCCGGACAUGUUAACUUUGUUGUUGACAACAAAUACACCUCGUGAUCUUGGAAUAAUUUCUACGGGGGAUAUUACACGUCCGAUGGCUGAAGAUGAGAUACGUGCUGAUCUCAAAGAAAUCUUCAGCGUUGGCAUUGAUACGACAUCAGAUUCGUUCUGCUAUAUCAUAUGGCAUAUGUGUAAGAAUCCACAUGAGAAAGCCAAAGUUCUUCAGGAACUUGAUGAAGUUCUAGGUUCUGAUCCAAUGAAAUCAAUUCCGUUUGAAUCUCUUGAUAAAUUAAAAUAUACAGAAGCAUUCAUCAAAGAAGUAUUACGUCUAAAUCCAGUAUUACCAUUCCUCUGGAAGAUGGCAACAAAUGACGAUACCUUGGGUGGAAUGAGAUGGAAAGCAGGAACUUCGGUAUUUAUUAACGUUUAUGGAACACAAACACAUCCAAAUAAUUGGGAAAACCCGGAGAAAUUUAUGCCUGCUAGACAUUUAGAGGGAUAUAAAAUGAAGGCUGAUAGGAAUGCAUAUAUUCCGUUCGGUGGUGGACCAAGACUUU